CAUUAGCACCCCCAAUUCCUCCAUCACAGCAAGAAAACACACCCUUCCUCAUCCAAGCCAUGGAUGUCGCGUCGGGGGCUUUGAUCCCCUUGAUCAACAAGCUCGGGAGCCUACUCAUGGACGAGUACAACCUGGAGAAAUGCGUGAAGAAAGGUGUCAAAUCUCUGAUCACAGAGUUGGAGAUGAUGCACGCCGUUCUACGCAAGAUAGGCGCCAAGCCACCGGAGCAGUUCGACGAACAGGUCCUCAUCUGGGCGGGCAAAGUGAGGGACCUCUCGUACAACAUGGAGGACGCCGUCGACGCUUUCAUCGUGCGCGGGGAGGAGGACGGCCAUGACGGUGGCUCCACCAACAUGAGGAACAGAAUCAAGAAGUUCCUGAGAAAGACCACCAAACUUUUUACCAAGGGUAAGGCUCUUCAUCAGAUCUCUGACGCCAUUGAAGAAGCACAGCGGCUCGCCAAGGAGUUGGGCGAGUUGCGCCAAAGGUAUAUGAUUGAGGCGCACGCCAAUGGUAGUGGUGAUGCCAUUGACCCUCGCUUGAAGGCGGUGUACAAAGAUGUCAAUGAGCUCCUUGGGAUAGAUCACGUAAGAGAUGACUUGACUGAGAAGCUCUGUGAUUGUGAUGAGAGGUCCAAGGACCACUUAAGGACCAUGUCUAUUGUUGGAUUUGGUGGGUUGGGCAAGACAACUCUCGCCAAAGCAGUCUAUGACAAGAUCAAAGUGGAGUUUGAUAGUGUAGCUUUUGUUUCCAUGUCGCAGAAUCCUGACAUGACCAAGAUUUUCAAGAAGCUCUUAUAUGAACUUGACAAGAGCAAGUAUGCAACCAUCAACGAAGCUGCUAGGGACGAGGGUCAACUCCUCGAUGACUUGAGAAUAUCUCUUCAAGAUAGGAGGUACCUCAUCGUAAUCGAUGACAUAUGGGACGAAGAAGCAUGGGAAUUUAUCAAGUGUGCUUUCUUUGACAACUGUCUCGGUAGUCGAGUAAUGACUACCACACGCAUAGGCAGCAUCUCUAAAGCAUGUUGCUCUUCUUGUGAUGAUAUAAUAUAUCAGAUGAAUCCUCUUACUGAUGAUGACUCCCAAAGACUCUUCUACAAAAGAAUAUUUCCUCAUGGAAGUAAUUGCCCUGCUGAAUUGGAGCUAGUAUCUAGAGAAAUCUUAAAGAAAUGUGGCGGAGUACCACUAGCCAUCAUCACCAUUGCUAGUAUUUUAGCUAGAAAUGGUCAAGAUCUACAGAUAGAGCCAAAGUAUCACUGGGACAACAUACUUGGCUCUAUUGGUCGUGGACUUACGGAAGGUGGUAGUGCGAAGGACAUGCAGAGAAUAUUGUCCUUUAGUUAUUACGAUUUACCUUCUCAUUUGAAGACUUGUUUAUUAUAUCUCAGUAUAUUUUCAGAGGAUUUUGAGAUAAGGAGAGACAGGUUGAUAUGGAUGUGGAUAGCCGAAGGCUUUGUGCAAGGUGGAGAACAAGAAACUGGACUAUUUGAGCUCGGAGAGAGUUACUUCAAUGAGCUCGCAAAUAGAAAUUUGAUUCAACCAGUAGAUGUUGAUGCUGCAGGAAGUGCAGAAGCUUGUCGUGUGCAUGAUAUGGUGCUUGAUCUGUUAUGUUCCUUGUCCAGUGAACAAAACUUUGCUACAAUAGUAGAUGGUACUCACCAAAGCAAUCUUAUUUCACAUAGGAAGAGUCGCAGAUUAUCUUUUCAAAACAGCAUGUCAGAGCCCACCAACCAUCGGGUCGAUGCCACAAGUAUGCCACAAGUGAGGUCUAUUGUUCUCUUUAGAACAAAUAUUGAUCUAAUCCAGACUAUUUCAUGCUUUCAAGUUUUACGUGUAUUGGAUUUGGAAGGUUGUGAUCUUGGGAGAAAUCACCACAGUAUUGGUCUUAGGCAUAUUGAGAAUUUAUUACACCUAAGGUAUCUGGGGCUAAGAGGAACUUCUGUUCGUGAGCUCCCUGUGGAAAUAGGGAAGCUCCAGUUAUUGGAGAUAAUCGACUUAGCAUUAACUGUAGCAGUGAUUCCGUCAAGUGUUGUCCGUCUAAGACGUUUGAUAUGCCUAAAUGCACCCAAUUCAGUGUUACCAGCCGGGAUUGGGAACCUGACGUCACUAGAAGAGCUGACAGGAAAAUUGGUGGAUGUGAAAGAGCUAGGGCAACUGGUCGAGCUGAGAGUGCUCUUCCUUUACUGGAAUGGGAACGAUGAGAGCAUGUGUAAUUAUUUGGUGGUGUCCCUGGGCAAGCUGCGGAAAAUGAAGAGUCUAACAAUUUUCAGGGUAGGGGAUGCAAGGUUUGAUGUCAGCUGGGAUGGUUGGGUGCCCACCCCACAGCUUCGGUACAUUUGGUUUGAAAGAUGCACCACCACAUUACCUAGGUGGGUUAAUUCAUCAUCGUUUCCCCUCCUCUCCUCCAUGAGUAUUGAAGUGGACAGAGUGCGGCCGGAAGUAGACAUUCAAAUCCUCGGGAAGCUUCCCGCUCUUCGUUUUCUCUGGCUUUGGGUCAACAAAUCUCAGCACACUCGUGUUGAAACAUUCGUCAUUGGUGCUAAUGCAUUCCCAUGUUUGAGAGGGUGCCGCUUCCAUGAUUUUCUCACGGGGCCAUCUAUGUUUCCUCGAGGAGCUAUGCCAAAACUUGAAAUCCUGCGGUUCUCAGCCCGAGCGUCGGAUAUUGCCAGCGGUGACCUGGAUGUCCGCAUGGGGCACCUCCCUUCCCUACAACAAGUCGGUGUUUACCUUCGGAUUGAGAAAGGCAGCUCUUCAGAAAAGUGCGAGGAGGAAGCGGAUGUUGUGCUGAGGCAUGCAGCGGACACCCAUCCCAACCGUCCGACCCUUUUCACUUCCCAUUAUUAA